GUUUCUGUGUGGGAAGGAGAUAAAGAAGAGGAAGUGCAUCUUCCGUCUGAGGACCAGAGUCCCACCCAACCCCCCUUCCAAACUCUUUCCUGAACGCGCUCAGAGCGACGGAGGAAACUGCAAGAAGGGCGUGGUUAGUGCUUCAGCUGAGAGGAGGAAGAGGAAGUCCAAGUGGCUUCUCGAAGAUGCCAUUCCUAAUAACGAGCUGUCCUGCAGUUGGACGUCUAACCAUCACAUGGCCAACAUCUUUGACUUCACCCUGGAUGAAUUGCAGAGCCUCAAGAGCUCCAGCAGAGCGGUCAGUAUUGAUCAGGACUCCACUGAUGCCUCCACUUCAGGUUCUGCUACCACCAGCGGCUCCUAUCACUUCAGAGGGCGGGUUGGCAGCAGGAAGAGGAAGUUGCCUAGCAACAGCUAUAGCCAGUGGGCCAAUCGCAGCGAGGCAGGAGAGGAUCCUCCCGGGCUGCUGGAUGACCAGGAAGCUCCGACCCACCUGACAACAGACUCCUCCCACUUCCUGUCUGACUCCCCCCACCUCCACUCCUCCAUCUCCUCGUACUUUGGCGUGGCGGGCCGUCUGACCAACGGGGAGCGGUACCAGGUGCUAGCUCGCCGCGUCACCGCUCAGGGCACGGUGCAGUACCUGCUGGAGUGGGAGGGGACCACUCCUUAUUAGGGCGAAAGUUACUUUAUUUUUUAUCAUAUACGCAUAUCACAUAAAAAACACAAUAAAUCCUGAUCAUCAAGGGCUUAGCUUUAGUUUGUGGGCGCCGUCAUAUGUGUAACAUCCGCCUCCAGUUCACCUCCAGUCUUUGAGUGACGGAUUCCUCACAAAUUGUGAGACGCGUGUCCCCACAAACCUCUGAGGUGAGUUUGGAGGAUUGAGGAAUCAAAGCGGAUCAUGAAGCCUACAACACAGUAUUUAGUUAGAACAAACAAAACGUUUAAAUGCAGCCAAAGACCAUACACACACACACACACACACACACAGUAGUGUUAUAUGAAUGUUUGUAUUAUAAUAUGUUCUUCGACUGACAGUAGAUGCAGUUUGUUCUUUUUAUAUAUAAAUACACAUAUAUAUAUAUGUAUAUAUAUACAUAUAUAUAUGUGUGUAUAUAUAUAUAUGUAUA